AAACAAAAAAAAAUAGUUUUUAUUCUGAAGCAAAUAUUAAAAAUAAUAUUUUUGAAAGAAUUAAAGAGAUCUCAGUGUUAUUCAGAUGAGUAUUUUUUUUAAAUAAGCUUUGAACAGCUUAAUUUUAUUCAGGCAGUGACAUAGACACCUAUGGAGAAGCGUGACAACAGGGCCAGAGGACAAACGGGAGAGGAAGCAGGUUGUGGAGAAUAAAGUUAAACUAUGUUUGGGUUAAUGUUUAUCCGGAGGACGAGCAGCCUGAGGAAACCUGUCCUUCCCCGGUACAGCUCGUCUAAAAUGUCGUCAGACUCCCACUGGCUCAGCCCUGCAGACCGGGACCAGCUGGUGAUGGAGCUCAGGGCCACAGGCUGGAUGGAUGUGGAGGAACGGGACGCCAUCUUCAAGGAGCUUCACUUUAAAACCUUUAAUCAGGCGUUUGGCUUCAUGUCCCGUGUGGCUCUGCAGGCAGAGAAGAUGAACCAUCACCCCGAGUGGUUUAAUGUUUAUAAUAAG